AUUGGUCCCCAGCCCAGUCAGGCCAGGCUGUCUCUGGCAGGAAGCUGACCUGUGUGCGUCCCUGGAGCCAGCCCUUGGCUGUGUCCGGCUGUCCCAGUGGCCAGGUCUCACUUCCCUCUAGCCCCUUCCUGGUGCCGGGAUGGCAGAGGCCGGCCUGGGAGGCUGGCUGCUCUGGGCCCUGCUCUUGCAUUCGGCCUGGGGCGAGCUGUACACGCCGAAGCAUCAGCCGGGCUACUGCGCCUUUUACGAUGAGUGCGGGAAGAACCCGGAGCUGUCCGGAAGCCUGGCCUCGCUGUCCAACGUGUCCUGCCUGUCCAACACUCCUGCCCGCCACGUCACCGGCGCCCACCUGACCCUCCUGCGCCGCGUCUGCCCCGGCCUGUACACCGGCCCCACCACCACAUACGCCUGCUGCUCCCACAAGCAGCUGGUGUCCCUGGAGGCGAGCCUGGCGAUCACCAAGGCCCUGCUGACCCGCUGCCCGGCCUGCUCGGACAACUUCGUGAGCCUGCACUGUCACAACACGUGCAGCCCCAACCAGAGCGUCUUCAUCAAUGUGACGCGCGUGGCCGUGCGUGGGGACAGCGAGCCCCCCGCCGUGGUGGCCUACGAGGCCUUCUACCAGCGCAGCUUCGCGGAGGAGACGUACGACUCCUGCAGCCGCGUGCGCAUCCCCGCGGCCGCCUCGCUGGCGGUGGGCGCCAUGUGCGGCGUGUACGGCUCCGCCCUCUGCAACGCCCAGCGCUGGCUCAAUUACCAGGGGGACACGGGGAACGGCCUGGCGCCCCUGGACAUCACGUUCCACCUGUGGGAACCCGGCCAGGCCGCGGGGAGCGUGAUGCAGCCUCUGGCCGGGAACAUUACGCGCUGCAACGAGUCCCGGGGCGACGGCGCGGCCGCUUGCUCCUGCCAGGACUGCGCGGCGUCCUGCCCCGCCAUCGUCCGGCCCCAGGCCCUGGACGCCACCUUCCGCCUGGGCCGCAUGGCGGGCGGGCUGGCUCUGAUUAUCAUCCUCUGCUCUGUCCUCGCCGUGCUCGCUGCGGUGCUCACUGCCUUCCGCGUGCAGCCCGGCCUGGCGUCCUGCAGCUCCAAGGGUGGGAUGCCCGGCCGCAGGGCGGACCUCAGCCUCUCCAGCAGGAUCAGCCUCUGGACCCACAACUUCCUCAGCCAGUGCUUCCAGAGCUGGGGCACGUGGGUGGCCUCGUGGCCACUGACCGUCCUGGCGGUGUCCAUCGCUGUGGUGGUGGCCUUGGCCGCUGGCCUGGCCUUUAUAGAACUGACCACGGACCCCGUGGAGCUGUGGUCAGCCCCCAACAGCCAAGCUCGGAAGGAGAAGGCUUUCCAUGACCAGCAUUUUGGCCCCUUCUUCCGAACCAACCAGGUGAUCUUGACGGCGCCGCAGCGGCCCAGCUACAGGUACGACUCUCUGCUGCUGGGGCCCAAGAACUUCAGCGGCGUGCUGGCCCCAGACCUGCUGCUGGAGUUGCUGGAUCUGCAGGAGCGGCUGCGGAACCUGCAGGUGUGGUCGCCCCAGGAGCAGCGCAACGUGUCCCUGAGCGACAUCUGCUACGCGCCCCUCAACCCGCACAACGCCAGCCUGGCCGACUGCUGCAUCAACAGCCUCCUGCAGUAUUUCCAGAACAACCGCACGCGCCUGCUGCUCACGGCCAACCAGACGCUGACCGGGCAGACCGCACAGGUCGACUGGAAGGACCACUUCCUCUACUGCGCCAACGCCCCACUCACCUUUAAAGAUGGCACGGCCCUGGCCCUGAGCUGCAUGGCCGACUACGGGGCCCCUGUCUUCCCUUUUCUCGCCGUGGGGGGCUACAAAGGGAAGGACUACUCAGAGGCGGAGGCUCUGAUCAUGACCUUUUCCCUCAACAACUACCCUCCUGGGGACCCCCGGUUGGCCCGUGCCAAGCUCUGGGAGGGGGGCUUCUUGGAGGAGGUGCAAGCCUUCCAGAGGCGGACUGCCGGCAUGUUCCAAGUCACAUUCAUGGCGGAGCGCUCCCUGGAGGACGAGGUCAGCCGCACCACAGCCCAGGACCUGCCAGUUUUUGCUGUCAGCUACCUGGUCAUCUUCCUGUAUAUCUCCCUGGCCCUGGGCAGCUACACCAGCUGCAGCCGUGUGCCGGUGGAUGCCAAGGCCACACUGGGCCUGGGCGGGGUGACCGUGGUGCUGGGAGCCGUCAUGGCCGCCAUGGGCCUCUUCUCCUACCUGCGCGUGCCCUCCUCCCUGGUGGUCCUUCAGGUGGUGCCAUUCCUGGUACUGGCCGUGGGGGCUGACAACAUCUUCAUCUUCGUCCUAGAGUACCAGAGGCUUCCGCGGCGGCCCGGGGAGCAGCGGGAGGCCCACAUUGGCCGAGCGCUGGGCAGCGUGGGGCCCAGCAUGCUGCUGUGCAGUGUCUCCGAGGCCAUCUGCUUCUUCCUGGGUGCCCUGACGCCCAUGCCCGCUGUGCGGGUCUUUGCGCUGACCUCCGGCGUGGCGGUGAUGCUGGACUUCCUGUUGCAGAUGUCAGCCUUCGUGGCCCUGGUGUCUCUGGACAGCAGGAGGCAGGAGGCCUCCCGGCUGGACGUCUGCUGCUGCAUCCGCACCCGGGAGCUGCCUUCGUCUGGCCAAAGCGAGGGGCUGCUGAUCGGCUUCUUCCGGAAGGUCUACGCCCCAUUCCUGCUGCACCGGGUCACGCGUGUGGUCGUGCUGCUGGUGUUCCUGGCCCUGUUUGGGGUGGGUCUCUAUUUCAUGUGCCACAUCAGCGUGGGGCUGGACCAGGAGCUGGCCCUUCCCAAGGACUCGUACCUGCUUGACUACUUCCUCUUUCUGAACCGCUACUUUGAAGUGGGGGCCCCAGUCUACUUUGUCACCACCGGGGGCUACAACUUCUCCAGCCAAAUGGGCAUGAAUGCCAUCUGCUCCAGUGCGGGCUGCAAAAACUACUCCUUAACCCAGAAGAUCCAGUAUGCCACCGAGUUCCCUGAGCAAUCUUACUUGGCCAUCCCCGCCUCGUCCUGGGUGGAUGACUUCAUCGACUGGCUGACCCCGUCCUCCUGCUGCCGCCUUUAUGCCUUUGGCCCCCAUAAAGACGAGUUCUGCUCUUCGACUGUCAACUCCCUGGCCUGUCUCAAGAGCUGUGUGAGCCUCACACUUGGCCCCGUCCGGCCAACGGUGGAGCAGUUCCACAAGUACCUUCCCUGGUUCCUGAAUGACCCGCCCAACAUCAAGUGUCCCAAAGGUGGCCUGGCAGCGUACAGCACCUCCGUGGAUUUGGGCCCCGAGGGCCAGAUUCUAGCCUCGCGCUUCAUGGCCUACCACACGCCCCUAAAGACGUCACAGGAUUACACGGAGGCUCUGCGGGCAGCUCGGGCGCUGGCGGCCAACAUCACCGCAGACCUGCGGAAGGUGGAGGGCACCGACCCGGCCUUCGAGGUCUUCCCCUACACGAUCACCAACGUGUUCUACGAGCAGUACCUGACGGUGGUGCCCGAGGGGCUGUUCAUGCUCAGCCUCUGCCUGGUGCCCACCUUCGUCGUCUGCUGCCUCCUGCUGGGCAUGGACCUGCGCUCCGGCCUCCUGAACCUCUUCUCCAUCAUCAUGAUCCUGGUGGACACCGUGGGCUUCAUGGCACUCUGGGGCAUCAGCUACAACGCCGUGUCCCUCAUCAACCUGGUCACGGCGGUGGGCAUCUCUGUGGAGUUCGUGUCCCACAUCACACGCUCCUUCGCUGUCAGCACGAAACCCACCCGGCUGGAGAGGGCCAAGGAGGCCACCAUCUCCAUGGGCAGUGCGGUGUUCGCCGGCGUGGCCAUGACUAACCUGCCUGGCAUCCUGGUCCUGGGCCUGGCCAGGGCCCAGCUCAUCCACAUCUUCUUCUUCCGUCUGAACCUGCUCAUCACGCUGCUGGGCCUGCUGCACGGCCUGGUCUUCCUGCCGGUGGUGCUCAGCUACCUGGGGCCUGAUGCCAACCCAGGCCUGGUGCUGGAGCAGAAGCGGGCAGAGGAGGCAGUCAUGGCCAGGAUGGCUUCCUGCCCAAAGCAUCCGUCCCCGAUGAGCAUGGCCAAAAGCAUCUACGUCAACUACAGCUUUGAACAUCCUGCCAGCUGUGAGGUUGGGCAGACAUCGUGAUGCAGCCAGGGCCCCAGCCAGGCUGGAGAGGCAAUGAGGACUCCCCGGUGGGAACGUUGACCCCUCCUCCCCCUCAGGGCCCAGGAGAGGCUGUCCCUGUGGGAAUGUCCAUGACGGGCACCUUCUGGCCAGCAGGUCCCUGAUGGGCUCUCAGCCCUGGUAGCAGGGCCCUCAUUUCCAAGAAGUUGGCACAGGAUAGUCGUCUUCUCCCUGAGACCUGGGUCUCGGGUGUCCAGGAAUAAGACACACUUCUUGACAAUUGUUCCAGACUCAGAACUCUCCCAUAAUCGCCCACUUCCUACCCACCCCCCUCCAGCGCUCUGGCAAAAAAGUCCCACUAUGGUGUCAGCCUUUAAGACUCUUUAGCGUCACUGAGAACAGACAGCAGGACCCUCAGCCUGGCUGCAGUUUCCGCAGAAGGCCAGGGAGAGGCUUCCUGCUGGUGGGGGAGGGCAGCAGAAUGCUCUGGAAAACAUACUGUCAUGGAUUGACCUCACUAGAAAUGACACUUGGUUUGGCCUCCAGCUCCAACCAUUAUUAAGACCUCCAAUGGAGGCUGCCAGUGUGUCUGCAAGGCUGCGCGAGCUCCUGGGGACAGGCCAGCCCUCCCACCGCUGUCACAUGCCUGGAGCACCGGCCAGGGCCUCAAACCAGCCCAACCAUGAUCCCGUGAAAUGUAGACCGAGGAAUGCACCUUGCUCAGUGCGUGCACACUGGUGCUUAAUAAAUGUCUAUUGAGGAGAAA